AUGGCAGACAGAGGAUCGCACAGAGGCGGUGGCCGAGGAGGUGGUGGCGGCGGCGGCUAUCGCGGACGUGGAGGAGGACGCGGCGGCGGCGGCGGCAGUGGUGGUGGCGGCGACCGUGGAGCACCCCAGGGGGCCAGCGGUGACCGCGAGAGACCCAAGAAGGAGAACAUCCUGGACCUGUCAAAGUACAUGGACAAGCAGAUUACCGUCAAGUUCAACGGUGGCCGUGAAGUCACCGGCACACUCAAGGGAUAUGAUGCAUUGAUGAACCUCGUCUUGGAUGAGGUCCAGGAGGUCAUGAGAGACGAGGAAGGAAAUGAAACAACGAGAUCCCUUGGCCUCGUCGUCGCUCGCGGAACUCUGCUUGUUCUCGUCAGCCCCGUCGACGGCAGCGAGCCCAUAGCGAACCCCUUUGCGCAACCCGACGAGGAAUGA